AUCGAUUGUGCUUUCUCGAUUAUUCGAACGGAAGUCCUCACGAGGCACCGCAAAGGAUUUAUAAUCACCGGCUUAUAUAUAUCGUGAAAAAUCAACGAAUACAAUCAUUUCCCUCAUUUUCCCUUCAAAUCAAUUUGCAGCGUCUCCUUCUAAUUCCUCUGGUUAUCUGUUUUGAGUCCCUGCGUUACUGGAAUAAUGGCGACGGGUAUUGUCAGAAGGGCAGUUUCCAGGGUUUCAUCGUCGCCCGCAUCUAUGUUGAUGAGGAUUAGAGCCCACGCUUCCGAAGCUCAAGCCCAGCAAGUCGAACCGGCGGCUCGAGAUACCUCCAACUUUAAAACCUUCCAAAUCUACCGAUGGAACCCGGAAAAUCCAUCCAAACCCCAGCUUCAGGAUUACAAGAUCAAUCUUAAGGAGUGUGGGCCCAUGGUGCUCGACGCCCUGAUCAAAAUCAAGAACGAGGUCGAUCCCACCCUCACUUUCCGUAGGUCUUGCCGCGAGGGAAUCUGUGGGUCCUGCGCCAUGAACAUUGACGGUUGCAAUGGCUUAGCCUGCUUGACUAAGAUAUCUUCUGGAACCGCCUCCACAAUUACUCCUUUGCCUCAUAUGUUUGUGAUUAAGGAUCUGGUGGUGGAUAUGACCAAUUUCUACAAUCAAUACAAGAGCAUUGAACCGUGGUUGAAGAGGAAGAACUCGCCCCCCGUGCCUGGGAAGGAGAUACCGCAGAGCAAAAAAGACAGGGCUAAACUUGAUGGGAUGUACGAGUGCAUAUUGUGCGCAUGCUGUAGCACAUCCUGCCCCAGUUACUGGUGGAAUCCUGAGUCCUAUCUCGGUCCGGCUGCUCUUCUCCACGCUAACAGGUGGAUAAGUGACAGUCGUGACGAGUACACUCAGGAGCGAUUGGAAGCCAUUAAUGAUGAGUUCAAGCUGUACCGAUGUCAUACCAUAUUGAACUGUGCUCGUGCGUGCCCAAAGGGCUUGAAUCCAGGAAAGCAAAUUCAAAACAUCAAGAAGCUUGAGUUGGGAGUUGGUAAAGCAUGAGUUUCUACUGUCAGAUGCUUGACGGUUUGUUCAAUUAAAUGUUUCUGCGGGGAACUUGCUUCCCCUCUGGAUGUGGUGAUAACCCAGCUAAUGUUGAAAUAAGUCUGCCAAUGUAUUCCUCAGCUCCGUUUGUAAAAUUUGGGCUUUGAAAUUUUAUUGUCAGUUUUCUUAGCCCCCCGCCCUCCUUUUUUUUCUUUGAAAUAAGCCAAAUAACCCCCCAGUUCGGCUGUUGCUAGCUGUAUACACUGCCCUGCAUCAGACGCUUAUAGUCUUGCACUUUGUAUGGUUAAUGCAAGGAAAUAACUUAUUUUUUUCAAUUAUAAAAACUGGUACAUCAUAUAUAUAAUCCUUUAGGUUAUUAUUUGACAGUU